UGCAGCUGCUAUACAUAGGAUCUCCGGGCCAUAGCAUGUUCGUACCGAAGAUAUAUAAACACUGGGUUCAUUCACUUCAAAUCGAACAUUAAAUUGACACCCACCUAUCUUCACUAUUAUCCUCUCUGCCAUGAAAAUCAGUCUUCUCAUCUUUGCCUUUUUCCUCGCUCAAAACCAAGUUCGCGCUCAAUGCGCCUGUAAACCGGAAGAUACAGUGUGUCUCAACACAUGUGUGGAAAGUACACAGAGCUGUAUGAAGGGCUGUAGUGAUAAUGACUGUUAUCAAAACUGCAUUUCAGACCAUUGGCCUGGAGCACCUGACAGAAGUGCGAGCCGUGCCGUGGAAACUGCCAGCAACAGCGUGUCGGCUUUAGCCACCGAAGCCGCCAGCACCUCUUCUACAGCAAUUGAUGACGUGGCAUCCUCUACCAAAGUUCCCUCCGCCACAGGCUCGGCCUCUGUUCAAACCGCUGCGUCCGCUGCAUCCGCCGUAUCAGGUGGUUUACCUAGCAUGAACACAGGCGCUAGCAGCAGUGCUGUCCAAACCGUUAGUGCGGCAAGCAGUGCAUCGAUCUCCGCAGCUGUGUCAUCGAAUCUUGUAAAACCCAGUUCGGCUAGCCUGUCCAUGCCCUCUUCACGUCCCAUUGUUUCUCCGGCCAGUACACUCAGACCAACGAUGGGGGCUAUACCGAUUUCUAACCAAGGCUACCACGCAACUCCCAUGGUAACCACCCUCCUUGGGUUGGCGUUCAUCAGCAUCCUAUUGGCGCAAUAGCCUUUGUAACUAGUCGUACAGAAAACAUACCCAUACCUUUUUUUCCCUUUUGCCACUAUUAGACGUGCUUUAAUCAUAUAUGCACAUGACACCUACUUCCUUUGUCGAGACAACCCAAAAACAAAAAC